UCUUUUAUCGCCGGCGGCAUUGCAGCAUGCGGCGCUGUCACAGUAACUCACAGCUUUGAGACGGUCAAGGUGCGGUUACAGCUCCAGGGUGAGCUGCAGGCCAGGAAGGAUGCUCCAAAAAUGUACCGAGGUGUGCUUCAUGGCAUGUCGGUCAUCUUCAAGAACGAAGGCCUCAGGGGUCUAUUGCGCGGCCUGAACUGUGCCUACGUCUACCAGAUGAUGCUCAAUGGCUGUCGUCUCGGCUUCUACGAACCUAUCCGCACCCACGCGAACUCUCUGCUCCUCAGCCGCGACUUCUCACACGCUCACGACCCGCAAGCUGUCGCCAUGCAGAACCUCCCAGUCAACAUCUUCUCUGGUGCUUCGUCCGGUAUCAUCGGUGCAGCUCUCGGCUCCNNCCCUCUCUUCUUGAUCAAGACUCGUCUUCAGAGCUACAGUCCAGCAUUGCCCGUUGGCGCACAACAUCAAUACAAGAGUGCCGCCGAUGGCUUCUCUCAAAUCUACCGCGCCGAAGGUAUCAAGGGUCUCUAUCGUGGCGUUGUACCUGCCAUGGUCCGAACUGGCUUUGGAUCCAGUGUCCAGCUACCAACAUAUUUCUUUGCUAAGCGCAACCUCGUAAAACACUUUGGUAUGCAAGAGAGUCCUGCUCUGCAUCUCAUGUCUUCUGCAUGCUCUGGUUUUGUCGUCUGCUGCGUCAUGCACCCUCCGGAUACCGUCAUGGGCCGCAUGUACAACCAGAACGGCAACCUCUACUCUAGCGCAUUGGACUGCUUGUUCCGAACCAUCAAGACGGAAGGUCCACUGGCCGUUUACAAGGGCUUCUUUGCCCAUCUGGCUAGAAUUUUGCCGCAUACCACCAACAAACUCAUGCGCAGAUUCGAAGACCGCGUCCUUCCCAGCAGACAAAAAGCAGCA